UAUUACACUGAAAAAAAAUAAUUUAAAUUGCUUGUCGUUAAUGACAGCAGUCGUUCACUAUGGAUAAACAGGAAGCCUGGUUUUCCCAUUUGGACGACGGUGUACGUUCACGUUCAUGAAGGCGCCAUGACAAUUUUGGGCUGUAUUUAUCUAUUAUUAUUGAAAAGGACAAUUUUACAAAUACAAACAUAACGAUGCCAUUCUCAGCCUACGUGGGCGGAUUAUACUAAUAGCAGCGAAAAUGGCUGAAGACAUUCAGACCAAACUUGAGAAUUACCGCACUGCUCCAUUUGAUGCAAGAUUCCCCAACCAGAACCAGACCAGAAACUGCUGGUCCAACUAUCUGGAUUACCACCGCUGCCAGAAAGCUCUUGAUGCAAAGGGUGUGGACAACGCCCCGUGCGACUGGUACCAGAGGGUUUACAAAUCACUCUGCCCCAUGUCCUGGGUCCAGAAAUGGGAUGAACAGAGAGAAGAGGGGACAUUCCCGGGAAAAAUCUGAAUCAACAGAGGUGCAAUGUUGCUAAGCCUCUUAAUUCAUGUAAGAGUAAAGUGAUUCAUCAGUACCACUGAAUGCUCAUUCCUUCCAAGCGCUAUUAUACUACCCAACAGAGCCUAUAAUAAAUAUCUUUGAGUCUA